CAAUUUCCAACAGAUCCUUUGAUUUUUCCGCCUCUUUAUUAUUUCUCUGAUCUCCUUUUCUUUGCUGGUAUAUUUAGCUUGCAUCAUGUUUAAUCUCGUGGGUGAGUAGGUAGAUGUCUUUUUUUAGAAAGAAAGAGUCUAGGUGGGAUCAAAUUUGUUUAAUAAUGUAAGUGUAAUUCAGAGAUUGAAGAUUUCAUUCAACACGAAUUUAACCCAAAAAAGUAGAAUGGAAUUGCAUUACGUAGAUCCGUACCAAGUCUUACCAGGGAACCAGAAUCUUGGGUCACCAUUGCUUGUUUAUUAGCUGUUGACUGGAAGUAACAAGUAAGGUUUCUUUUUGGGAAUUCAAGUGCUUAAACAGGAAGGGAAGCUAAUUGAAAGACUGAUUUGUGGAAGCACUUGUCAGAAUUGAAAGUGUAACUUUUGGGACAGUUGAAUUGAUGUUGCAUUCCACUCGCGGAGAAGUAUAAUACCAUAAUAGCUGUCUUAGGGUUUUUUUGUUUUUUUUGUGAUGUUAUUAUCUUGUUUGUGAAAAAAAUCAUCCUCCAAAGUAUAAUCAAAUAGCAUCAUUCUAAUCUGAGUUUUCUUUUAAUUUUUUUUUCUUAAAGCUAUGAAUUUCUCCAAUGUUGUUAUUAUGAUGACUUUCACUUGAGCUUCAAGGAUGAUGAUUGCCUAGAUCUUAUAAACUUGAACUUCUGUAAACAAGCAAUUAUAAGCUAAAUGUUGUAGUUAUGGCAUUUUUUCUUAGUGCUGUAGUUCGGGGUGCUAGAUUAUGCUAUGCAUUUGAUUAGAAAGUCAUGAUAUUCUAGUCAUAUGAAAGAGGAUACUAAGUUUUCUAUAAAUUUUUGGAAUUUAGAAACUUAAAAGAUAGGGUCUAAAUAAAGAAACAGGACUUUGUUUCUUGUUCAUCUCUAAUUAGUCUGUAUAAUCUGGGAGUUUUGAUUUUCUCAUGCUCUGUAGUUUCAGCUGGUCUAAUGUUUUCAUCAUUGAACUAUAGUUGCACCACAGCUCAAUGGAUGCUGAGCACAAGUUUGGAGUCCGGAAACUAGAGAUAUUAGAUAAAAGCAAAGGUUUCAUAGAGCUAUUGCAACAAUUAACCAUUUGUGAUUCUGUUUCGUAUAAGGAGUUUGAAGAGCGUUUUCAAGAGAUCAGCUCAUAUGGUGAUGACCAUCUUAUUUGUGUGAUCGAAGAUGUUCGUUCUGGGAAGAUUAUUGCAACUGGGAGUGUUUUUAUUGAAAAGAAGUUCUUGAGGAAUUGUGGUAAAGUUGGACAUAUCGAAGAUGUUGUGGUUGAUUCUGCCGCCCGAGGGAUGCAAUUAGGAAAGAAAAUUAUUGAGUUUCUUACAGAUCAUGCUCAUUCAAUGGGGUGCUAUAAGGUGAUUCUUGAUUGCAGUCUUGAGAACAAAGCAUUUUACGAGAAAUGUGGUUACAAGCAGAAAGAAGUUCAAAUGGUGAAGUAUUUUAUUUAAGAAAUAAAAUUUGUGUCGUCUUUCUUGUCAAUAUUUGUUGAACUUCUGAUUCUCCUUGCCAUCCCUUGCAAACUUGAGCCGAUAAAAAAAAUCCAAAUCCUUUACGUUCCA